AUGUGGCAUUUUUUAAGAAAAAAUUUCCAAAGUCCAUCUAAUUACUUCACUCUCAAGAAACAGGCUCCAUUUAGACAUCCCUGUACUCUUAAAGCCCAUCCUGAAAAAUUGGAAGAUGACAAAACAAUAAUAUUCAAGAGAGAUUCCAAGAAAAAUACUCGCCCACAUGAGACAAUUAUAGAAUCCAAGGAAACAGGAAGUGAUAAAAAAUCUAAAAUUGGAGACAAAGAAGAUAAAACUCCAUCAAAAUCAUCACAUGAAAGUGAAAUAUCUAAAAAGUCAAAGUACAAAUCUGGAACAAAUCCAAAAUCCAAAGAUUCUCAGACAGUCUUAAUGAUGCAUCCAAAAAAUAGUAGAGCUCUCAAAAAUUCCAAGGAUACAGAUAUUGAACCCAUAUGUAUAAAAAGGGGUUCUAAGAGCUCAAAGAACAAUUCUAAUGCCAAAUCUGAGGCUUGCUCAAAAAAUAGUUCCAAUAUGGAUUUAAUGCUAUAUUUACAGAAGCCUGGCACUGAAUCUAAGGAAUUUGAUAUGUGGUUAAAGAAUUACUCACAGAAUAAUUCAAAGAAGUCUUCAAAGAAGGAAGGAAAAAGCUCUGAUGCUGAAUCUUCAGAUUCAAAAGGUUCAAAGAAGGAUAAAAAAAGUGCAAAGAAAGACAAGAAGAAGAAUGCAAAGGAUACAGAGUCUACUGAUGUGGAAUCUGAGUCUGAAUUGGAGUCAAAAAAAAGUAAGAAAGAGUCAAAGAAAAGUAAGAAAGCUUCAAAGAAAGAUGAUAAGAAAAAGGAUAGCAAGAAGGAAGCAUUGUCAACUGAUAAUGAUCCUGAAUCUGAAGGGAUUUUUAAAAAGGGUGAAAAAGAUGAAAAAAUUAAUAAGAAAGGGUCAAAGAAAAGUGACAAAAAGAAGUCUUCAAUGAAGGCUGAAGAGUCUACUGAAACUGAAUCUGAUUGGGCAUCAAAAAAGGAUAAGAAAUAUUCAAAGAAAGCUAAGAAAACUUCAAAGAAAGAUCCCAAGAGAAAGGAUGCAGUGAAAAACGUAGAAUAUACUGGUGCUGAAUCUAAUGUGCCUUUUAAGAAAGACACCAAAAAGCCUGGAAUAAGCAAAAGUUCAGAUGCUGAAUCUGAAGAGUCAAUGUAUAAAGCUGGGGCUAAAAAGAAAGAAGCUGAUGAAUCAGAUGUAACAUCUACAGAAUCAAAGAAGGAAGCACUGGAAACAAAAAGAAGUCUUAAAAGGUCACCCAAAAAGACCACGUUUAAAGGAAGAGAAACAAGAGCAGUUACAGGUAGAGUUCCUCCAAAAAGAGAAAGUUCACUACCAUCUUUUUGUGAGCCUUUCCAACUAUCACCUAAGAUCAAACAUCUCUGUCGGUGCAAGAUGGAUCCUCCACAACCAAAACCAAGAUAUGCUCCUUUGCCUGAAGCAAAGUGGAUUCAUAAGCUGCUUUAA